GCCGCACUCCAUCCCACGCGAGAUUGACAGCAGAAUCGUCCUCGAAACAAGAAACAAUCCAUAAUAUACCACCACACUGCCUCUCCGACAAUGGCAAUCCUGUCAGAGAUCGUCCGCUUCGUCCUCCCGCCCACCAAGGCGCGACUGUCGGCGUUUCUCAAGCUGCGGCAACAGGUCUCGCAAUCCUGCAACAUUCACGACCAAUACUUCGGCUACGUCAUCCCGGUCAAGUCCUCGCACUUGCGGGUCAAAGAGAACGAAAUGUGCUGGGUCAUCCACUGGCCACAAGGCUCGAGCCUCGCUCAGAAUGCGGAGCUGAGAGCACAACUGAAAGAACUCACGACGGCGGCUACAAGUGGGCAAGCAGGAGAAGCCACAUCCCUGCUCUUCCCGUUCGACGACUCCCAGGUCGGCGAGUUGAAGAAGGCGCUCGAAGCCCCUGUGUGCGAAUUCGCAAUCAUCAACCUCACCCCAAACCCUCCCAGAGCAGACCCCUCGUUCGUCGCGUCCAUGCACAAGACGUACACGGACUGCUACCACUUCGCGGGCUUCGCGGGCGGGAACUGGGCGUACGCGGCCAACACAAACGACACGGCCGGCGUGGGUGUCGACGGGCGCAACGGUCUCAAAGGUGGCGUUGGCGAUGAUGAUGACGCCGCGAGUGCGGGUCGGAGGGAGGAGGUGCCCGAGGACGAGCGCAGGCUGGCCUGUUACUACCUGGGCUGGGAUACCGUCGAGCAUCACCAAGAGUACAGCAACACCCCAUUGUUUUUCGAAGAGAUCAACAAACUUGCGCCAUAUUUCGGCUCCGGAACAGGAGCGUGGUACGUCAGGUUCGAGAAACAUUCAGAUUCUCGGGAGUCGUAGCUAUCAGACAUUAGGAUUGCUCAACUGCCUUUCCUCUGUAGUUCGGCGUUUCAUUAGCACUAGAGUUUCCCUGCAGAAGCUCAAGAAUACAAUGCCUGUGCCUUUUG